AUGGCUGCCGCGAAGCCACUCUUUCAGUCGAAGAUCGAUGUAUGCGACGUCAAGAAGGAGAAGAAGGCCGAUAAGGUGUCGGCCAUUAUCAAGAAGCAAUUGCCCAAAACGGUGAAAGCAAAGCCAAAACCAGUGACCGCACGUGUGUUCCAGGACAAAAUGGAACUGACCUCUGCUGACAAGAAAAAAAAAGUUCCCAUAGACGUUGUGAAGUACGACAAAAUCCAGAAGGUCAGCAAAGGACCGAAACAAGACAAAACGGCCGUUUUGACAUAUGAGGGAGAUAAAAAGAAGCCAGUUUGGUUAAUAUUCCUGCGUUUUAACACCGACAAAGGUUACGAGGAAUUCUUGAAGGUGGUGAAUAAGGAGAAUAAGCCAGAGGCAGUGCAGGAGCAGGAACAGCCUGCACCAUCACCGACACCACCGACAUCCAAGCCGCAAACGUCAGCAUCAGUGCCCCCACAGCAACCUUCUCAAUUGGAGGCCUCUCGCGACCUCUCUAGAAGGUCAUCCUCAGUCACGAAUGAUAAGGGACAAUCGACUUCCAGACCAGCUGGAUCAGCGACCAGGCUCUCCCGCAAAUCAAUUUCACCAACGAGCUCGACUCAGUCUCUAACUCCAAUUAAUCAGUAUUCACCACCACCGCCAACACCCUUACAGCAGACGCAACAGCCAUCUAGGCGGCGAUCCACUUCCUCCUCCUCAUCCUCAUACUCGUCUACCCCUCGCCAACAGUCCAUCACUAAACAGUCUAGGCCCUCUUCGCGACAGCAACCGUCUCAAGCAGAAAGACCGCAGUCUGCGCAGAAACGUGCUUCCUCCAGUUCUUCCUCAUCAUCGUCUUCCUCCCUCUCUUCAGAAUUCACUUCAUCAUCAACUCGGCAGGCUAGCGCAGGACGAAUUUCCAGAGGAUCCACUUCACAGGACAGAAACAAGGCCUUGACGAAGACCACCUAUGUGGAAUAUCCUGUCACAAAAAGUGACAUGCAGUCGCCUCAAGCUCAGUACCUUAAAGAGUCAUCUAAGAAACAGUCCCGCAGCCGAACCUACGAAACAACCUUCUUUACCAACACAGCUGAUGGUGGCCUCAGUGAACAAAAAACCAGGAGUCGGUCUCACGAAUCCAGGACUCCACAUUCUACUAUGAAAUCGAAAAUGUCCCCACAUGCGCCAGUGCGUGUCUUCAAAUACGUUCCAGGUAAGGGUGUAGUAAAGUCUGAGCGUGGUAAAAUGUUCUAUUACUCCUCGGACACUGAAUUCGGUGGUCGCGGCAGGAGAAGACGAAAUACAAGCACCAGCAGCAGCGACAGCUCCUCCAGUGACACGGUCACAACACAAAACAGAAGCCGGCAAAGUCGACGCGACCAUAGUGGCAAGCGGUCCGUGUCAGCGGGAAGGGGACACAAUACCGACAAUUUCAAAGGCAGAAGUAGUUCAAACCUUGUAGGUUACCAGCCGAAGAGACGACAGGAGGUGGGCUUCGACACAAUUUGCAGCAGCAGUUCGAGCAGCAGCACCAACAGUAGCAGUGAUUCCGGUCAUUCCUCGGAUUGGCAACGCGGCAAUGAUCAAGGUGGGCGUACACGAGGUUCUAGACGUGACCAGAAACUACGAGACAGAUCAAACAGCUCAGAAAGUUCUAUUAGCUCUACAUCUGACAGAAGUAAGGAGUAUUUCGCUGUAUUACCACAGACAACGCAAAGCAAAUCAAGCGGAUUUCCUCGCGGUUCAGGAAUUCGUCGAUUGUGA